UCUAACAGAAAUGCCGCACCCAGAUCUGGAUUAGCUGUGAAGAAUUUUAUUGACGUUGGAGCCGGCGUCGUAGAUGAGGAUUAUAGGGGCGUUUUAAAGGUAGUUUUAUUUAACCACUCCGACUCAGAUUUCGAUAUUAAAAGUGGGGAUAGAAUUGCCCAACUCAUAUGCGAAAUUUACUAUCCUGAUUUGGAGGAAGUACAGGAAUUAGGGGACACUGUCAGAGGUGAAGGUGGAUUUGGAUCUACUUGA